AAAACAAUGGCGGCAGUCGUAUGACGCGUCUCGAUCUGGCACACCGUAUGUUGCUCCGCCGUCCUCUUUACGCACAAGCGAUUUGUUGAUUUUCAUCGCGAAUUCGAUCUAAUACACGUCCUGCGAUUUGUAUUUAUUUGAAUUUAUUGAUCCUGGUGCGUAUACAGACUGUGUGGACGUAACGAUUUUUGCGUAAUAAUCGUAAUAUAACAAUAAUAAUGACAGUUUAUCGGUGGCGAUACCGACGACAACCUGUACAGACAACUUAGAUCGGUUAAGUUCGAUCUCUGUAACGAUAGUGUAUGUGUUGAGUGUGUGCUUGGCACUCGGUGAUUGGUUUUUUAUUAAUCAUUGCGACCAUUGAACAAUCCAAGACCGAUCACAAUGUACGUCGACCUGACGUGAACACGGACGCAAUCAUCAACGACCGUCCGCUGGACCACUUUUAGUUUUGACGAUGCAAAUGUGAGUAGCUGAUCAAAUUCAUUCUACUAAACUGGCGAGCUACCACCUGAAUUGCGGUCCUGAAGGAUUGGACCAAGGUGCAUUGUUAGGGGGCGGCUGUGGUGUGUUGCAGCAACAAUCCGCCGCCCCCGGCAUGGCCGAUGUCGUUGUCCAUAAGCGACAAGCAGUUAUUGACAGAUUAAAAAGACGAAUGGAAGGGUACAGGAGACAUAACCAAGACUGCGUUCCGCGCUAUAACAACGCAUUCGCAGAACAGCAAAAUGUACAAGAAACAUUAAUGCUCAAACAGAAAUACAUGGAAACAAAGACCAAGAGGAAUGUUAAAAAGAAUGACAAAAAACCAAUGGAAAAUGGCAAUACUAUGCCGAAAUUCGGCACCAAGAGACCUUCCAGUGAAGACAUGGAUGGGUCAGACGGCGUAUACCACGAUGGUAUGCCAGCACCUCCCAAGUGCGUACCUAUUCCUUCGUGCGGUAACAAUGGAGUCGGUGGUGGCCCUCAGCAGCAGCAGCAGCAACAGCAACAGCAGCAACAACAACAACAACAGCAGCAGCAACAACAGCAACAACAACAACAACAACAGUCUCCCCAUGCCAAAAACGACGCGAGUAAUAAUGCCAAGUUUAGCGUGAAAAUCGUGCAGGAACUCGAGUUUAGCACCAGCGAACACCAGCAUAAUGCUCAGAUCUCCACCAACCUGACGCUGACGUCGGUCAACACGUCAGUGCAGAGCGACGUUACCACGAAACAGUCGGCAGGCGGGGGUCCUGGUGCGGGUGGCGGUACGGUGCCUACCGCGUCUGGCGGCGGUGGAAUUCCACCUGGAAGUGCAGCGGGGGCGCCCGGUCCACCAACUGAUCACACGAUGCAUGAGUGCAAGCAAGAGCAACCGGACCUGAUGGACUUCCCGGGCGAUGGUGACCUAAACGACCUGUCUUUCAUCAACAACGACACCAACGAACCCAUAUUGGCCGUCGACACGGACACGCUGACCGAGAUCAUAUCGGAUCUUAACAGCGAGGGCAUCACGCCGGCCGACUUUAACCAGGUGGACCUGUGCGACAAACGGCCCAUAAAGACAGAACCUGAUGCCAGGUGCACACCACCGGUUAAGUCGCCGUAUGACCAACACCAUCAGCAGCAGCAGCAGCAGCAGGUACACCAACAGCAGCAACACCAACAACAGCAGCAGCAACACCAGCAGCAGCAACAGCGAGGUGGCGGCGGUGGAAACAAUAAUUAUUCGAAUUGUGUAGCCGCCGAGACGCUAAAACAGUUGGCUGAACAGCACAACAACCAGCAGCAGAGGCCAGACAAGUGCGGUUACGAUUUCCCUUACCAAUCACCCGGUUCCGUGCCUGACUUUAUACACUCGCCCAGCACUCCCGUGGGCACUCCCAACCCGAACGGUUACAACAUGAUGUCACCCGUUAACUCCAUGUACCACCAGCAGCAACAACAGCAGGAAAAGCAACAGCAGGAGAACAACAACUAUUACCAUCCUCAGGAACAACCAAAGCCGAGGAUGAAGCAACAACAGCAGCAACAACCCCAACAGCAACAGCAACAACAACAACAGCAGCAGCAGCAGCAGCAACAACCGACGGUGGCGGCGCAGCGACUACAGAAACAACAACAGUUGCCACCGCCGCCCGUGUCCCAACAGCAGCAACAGCAACCCCUCCAGUCGCCCCAGUCCCGAUACAACCAGUAUAACGGACAUGGAAGUCCUCAGUAUCCCGUGUCGGCGGCUCGGAGGAUAACGCCGUCACCGGGCGCAGCUUCGGCUGGCGUCCUGUCCCCGCAGCAGCCCAACGCCGCCAGUCCAGACGUAGUGGCUAGCUCGUUCCAAAUGUCCCAGUCCCAACAAGUUCACGUCAGUCAACAAGGCCAACAACAGGCUUUUGGUCAAGGGCAGGCCAUCCAAGACAGACUUAUGACCAGCGCUUCAGUCGCUUCGACAACAGCACCAAAUUGUGGUGCGCCCAUACAGCAAUACUAUAACACCAACUGUGGAGACAACAGACAACAGUCCUAUAUGCAUAUGACCCAGUCACAGAGUAUGACAUUCUCACAACAGCGUGCUAGAUUGCUCAGUGCAGGAGCCAGUCCAACUAAUAUUCGACCACCAACUAAUGUACAGCAGCCCAAUAUGAAUAACGAACAUCACAUGUUACCUCAGCACAUGAACAGGACACCUAACCAGAUGAAUAUGAUGGGUCCUGGUGGAUGUCGACCACCUCCUCCUGAAUACAAACUAAACGUCGCCCAAAAUAUGGGUAUGUGCCAAACCCAGUUUCCUGCACAAGGAUACAUGCCAUCAGCCCGUCAGUCUUUACCACAAGGCGCUCAAUCUAGACGACCUAUACAACAACAACCUAUUCCACCUUCGGGACCUAUGCUACGAUCACAAAUGGCUAAUACUGGCGGUGGCGGUCCAAUGGCUGGUGGCUACGAUCGUAGUAUGUCAUCAGUUCAGAGAAAUAUGAUGUACCCUGGCUCAGGGAAUCUUCAACGACCACCAAAUGUCACACCAAGUUCAGAAGCAUUUGACAGUGAUUGGCAACAACUGUUAGCAGCAAGGCAACAACAACAGCAACAUCAGCAACAACAACAACAACAACAACAACACCAACAUCAACAACAGCAGCACCAACAACAACAACCACAUCAACAACAACAACAACCACAACCUCACCAGCACCAACAACAUCAAUUUAGACCCACAGUUACCCAAGCUUCAAUUGGCAAUUUAAACCAACCUGGAAACACUCCAGUAAACAAUAUUGGUGCAGGUUAUGGUGGUGCUAAUCCAAAUAUAAAUACUUGCCAAACAGGGCCGAAUAACGUUCAUUUGAUGGCUGGACAAAUGCAGCACAUGUCUGCUAGAAUGGGUAAUGGACAGCAAACUAUGACACAGCAACAACAUGCCAAUAUUAGUAUGCAGUCACAAAAUAAUCAAAUGUCGGUAAAUCUUCAGAUGUCCCAAGCAAUGAAUGUUAAAAUGGGCGGAGGUGGCCAGAGUCGUAUGACUACUAAUGCACAGAUGGUUCCUCAACAACCUCAACAACAACAACAACCUCAGCAUUCACCACAUCCACAACACCCACAACACUCUCAACAUCCACAACAUCCACAACAUCAUCAUCAACAACAACAGCCUCAACCUCAGCAGCACCCGUCCAUGAUGCGAGCAGCACAGCAACAACAGUCAUUCACCCAACAGCAACAACAGCAAGCAACAAUGAAUACUGGAAAUCCGUAUCAGCGUAACAUGGCUUCUGGCUACGGAGCAAACCCACAUCAGCAGCAGUACCAGCAGACAAGCACAACAAUGCAACCUGCACCCGUUGCAAAUCCAACAACUAUGCUAAACACUAACAAUGGAUUACCGUCCCGUAACUCAUUUAGUCCCAGUGAUUUCAAUUUUGAUUUCCUCGAUCAGCCACUCGCUAAUGAUAGUAAGAAUGGUUUUAACAACAAGCAACAGACGUUUGGUGAUUUCAACUUUGAUUUCCUUGAUGCUCAUUAAACAUUUUUAUAGUACCGCAUUAGACAUUGACACUCUGACCUAGAUCGAUAUUUAAUGCUUGUGAUAUUAACUAUGAACUUGAUCACAUUGUUUUGAAAGUUGCACUACGGCCAAUGUAGCUUAAAUCAAAAUUUACCAUCUUUUUAAAAAAAACUGUUUAAGGUUAUUUUUGAUAAGUAAAAUUUGAUUCUUAAAUAUAAUUUUUAAAAAAUGUCAAUAAUAAUUUUGUAUAUGAUUGAACAACCAUUUUUGAUAACCAAUACAAAGUAUGUAGUCCCAGUGCAAAGGCAAAGCUACAGAGGCUGUAUAAAAUAACACUAUUAGCCUAAAAACUUGAAAGACAUAUUAUUUAUAUUGUAUUUUAUAACUAUUUAGAAAGGUAAAUGUCAAAUAUGACAUUUUGUUCCUACUUCUCUUUUUCUUUCUCACUCUGUUUCUACUCUACAACUUACAUACAAUAAACUAUUGUUACCACUCAAUGAGUUAAAGUAUUGUUUGAUGGGAUGUCAACAGUACAUUUAUUGUCAUCUAUAUUUUCCUUUACCUGGUAUAAUAUUAUAAUAAAUUAAUUGUAAUGUGUGUUUUGAAAAAGGUACCGAGUAGUUAUUAUUCAAUUACCUUGCACAUUAAACAGGUCGUUAUCUUAUUUGUGAACAUGCGACCAAAAUAAUUAACCCAAGUUACCAAAUGAUGGUCAGCAAAAAUUGAAAAUACUUAAUUAUGUGAAACAAUAUUGAAAAUCUAAAAAAAGAUGAAAAAAUACCCAUGGGGGAACAAUCUCGUUUGAUCUCAACUAGUUAUUCUUGCAUACGUUUCCAAAGCGAGUGGCUCCCUGAUGAUUUUCUUCUUUUUUAUUUUCUUGUUGUUUUUUUUGUUUUUGUUGCCAUAACAAAAAUUUUACCAUACAGGCUAUGAGUUUGUUUAAGGUUUCAGUAAGGAACCGCCUUGUGAUGGUUUUCUAAUGAUUAUGUAUUCUAUAAAAAGCAAAUAUAAUAAUUACUUGAGGUUAUUUUUAAAAAAAAUGCGCCCAAAAAUUUAAAUAAUUUAUUUAUUGUAAAUAAUAAUAUGCUUUUGAACAAAUAAUAAUUAUCAUUAUUAUAUAUAAAUAUAUAUAUAUUAUACAUUUAGAAUUGUUUAAAUUAUAACCAGUUUGGUCUGUAAAAUUAUUAUUACUAUUAUUAUUAUUAUUAUUAUUAUUAUUAUUAUUAUUAUUAUUAUUAUUAUUAUUAUUGUGUUGUUGACAUAAAAUUUAAAAAAAAAUUAUUAAACAAAAAAAAUAUAUAAUUUAUGUAUGUAUGCACAUAUAAUAUAUUAUUCAAACUAUUUUCUGUUGUAUUAAUAGUAAUUUGUAGUUGCCGAUUGAUAUUCUAAAAUACCAAGACUGAAUGUUCAACCAGUGGCUAAACACACUAAAAACAUUUUUCAUUCUUUAACAAUAAUAAAUAAUAAUCAUCAAAUUAUUACACUGUAAGUAUAAAAAAAAUUGUUCUGUGUGCUUUGCCACUAGUAUUCAGCCUGUUUAUGAUUUUUUUCUUGUAAAAAUGUCCAAAACAAUUUUUAAUAUUAAUACAAAUGCAAUAAAAAUUGAGUGUAUGUUUGUGUAUGUGUUUGACAGUUAAUUUCAUAUUGUUUUAAAUUAUUAUUCGGUGCCCAAUUUUUUAUUUUUAUACAACAAAAUGAAGAAUAUUUUUUAAAUGUGUAUACCAAGCAAAAAAAAAAUAUUAACCAUAAAUUUGUUAUGUAAAGUGUUUUUUUGGUUUUAAAUGAAACCUAAGAGAAUAAUAAUUUUUUUUAUAUAUAAAUAUAUAAUAUUGUUGAGUCAAUUAGUCUGUAGUACCGUGACAAUUAUGAACACCAAUUUGUUUUUUAUUUUUUACAUUGUAUGACUUAUAUUAAUUUUAAUUAUUAUUAUUAAUUUGUUUUCGUCUUGUGUCGCUAUAAAUCUUGUUCUAGACGUAUAAAAAAAAGAAAAUAAUAAUACCACUGACAAUCAUUAUUAUUUUUUUUCUUUUUAUAUUAUAAUUAAAGAAUUUAUUAUUUCCAACAUUUUUCACUGUUUAAUUUUUGUUUAUCUUUUUUAAUUAUUAUUUUUUUUCUGGUGCGCUUUUCUUGAUUAUUAUAAACUAAAUAAAAAAAUAUUAAUAUUAUAUAGUAAAUUAAAUAUAAAUAAUUAUUAUAUACAUUAUAUACAUAUAUAUUUCCAUAUAUAUAUGUAUGUGUGUGUGUGUAGCCUAUCAAUUACGCUGUUAUAUAGAGAGUUAAGGUUUAAUAAUAUUUAUAUAUCACUAUUAUUAUACAUUUAUACCCAACUUAAAUUGUAAGUUUAAAUUAUAUUUAAAAAACAAGAUUUCAUUUGUGCUAAAUACGCAGAAAAUCAAUUAUGAUUAUAUUAUUACCUUGUACAAAAGUUAAGAAAAAACAAAACAAAGAUUAUUGGUUUUAUGAGUAAAAAUGAAUGAACCGAGUUAGUUACAAUUGUAGAACAAAAUAUAAUAUAUGAACAUUUUAUAUUAA